AAUUUUUAAAAAAAUAUUUAUUUAUUCUUCUUCUUCUUCUCCUCCUCCUCUUAAUAUUCAAACAUACGCGUAUGACCGGCUGCUGCUCUUUCCUUUUCCUCCUGUUUCGCUCUCACGUCGUCAAUCAUCGUGGCAGAUUUGCCAGAAGAGCAUUUCCAAAUAAGGGUGUUUGGUGGAUCAUUGGAAUUGAGACAUAAAUUCAGGUUGUCGCCAGCUUAAGACAAGUCCUUAGAAGCUGUUUUCCCCAGAUGCUAAAUUUUGCCAGAGGAAGAAGCCAGCAAAGGUCUACAAGAUCUAUGCCUUUUGCUGGUGUGGAACAUCAUGAUCCCAAAAGGAAGAGCAAUUUUGUAGGAAAAAUCCUUAUGGCUGCAGCCCUUACAGCCUUAUGCAUUAUCAUGCUCAAGCAGUCCCCUGCAUUCGGUACUCCAAGUCAGUUCUCCAAACAAGAAGAAGGCGUAACUCAUGUUCUUGUAACUGGUGGUGCUGGCUAUAUUGGUUCACAUGCUGCUUUACGACUUCUGAGGGAGUCAUACCGUGUAACUAUUGUGGACAAUCUUUCACGUGGAAACAUAGGUGCCGUCAAGGUUCUGCAAGACUUAUUUCCAGAACCUGGAAGGCUUCAAUUCAUUUAUGCUGAUCUCGGUGAUGCAAAAGCUGUAAAUAAAAUAUUUUCGGAAAACGCAUUUGAUGCUGUAAUGCACUUUGCUGCUGUGGCAUAUGUUGGGGAGAGUACAAUGGAUCCUCUCAAAUAUUAUCACAACAUUACUUCAAACACCUUGGUGGUGUUAGAGGCAAUGGCUGUUCAUGGUGUUAAGACUCUGAUAUAUUCUAGUACAUGUGCCACGUAUGGGGAGCCCGAAAAGAUGCCGAUCACUGAAGUAACCCCACAGGUUCCUAUCAAUCCAUAUGGAAAAGCUAAGAAGAUGGCAGAAGAUAUUAUCCUGGAUUUCUCCAAAAAUUCAGACAUGGCUGUUAUGAUCCUAAGAUACUUCAAUGUGAUCGGGUCGGAUCCUGAUGGACAAUUAGGAGAGGCUCCCAGACCUGAGUUGCGUGAGCAUGGACGAAUUUCAGGUGCUUGUUUUGAUGCGGCUCGUGGUAUCAUUCCAGGUCUAAAGGUCAAGGGAACAGACUAUAAUACACAUGAUGGCACUUGCAUACGAGAUUACAUCGAUGUUACCGACUUGGUCGAUGCUCAUGUUAAAGCUCUUCAAAAGGCAAAGCCCCGAAACGUAGGAAUCUACAAUGUCGGCACCGGGAGAGGUAGAUCGGUGAAGGAGUUUGUAGAGGCCUGCAAGAAAGCAACAGGGGUAAAGAUAAAAGUCGACUAUCUUCCCCGCCGACCAGGAGAUUACGCUGAAGUAUUCAGCGACCCGACUAAGAUAUACCGUGAGUUGAACUGGACCGCUCAACAGACUAAUCUCGCAGAGAGUUUAAAGACCGCAUGGAGAUGGCAAAAGGCACAUCGUGAUGGAUAUGGAGCCUCUUAGGUGUUACGGCAUCCUCAUUGGAUCACCAACAUUUUACAGGAAACGGCUAGCACAGAGAGGCCUCGGAUGGCCCCGACAGCAGCCGCGUUUCUUCUAUUAUAUCGAUCACAUAGAAGAGGAGAGGGAAAUUUUUCGAGAUCGAAAAAUAUUUUUUCCAUUGCUGUUCUAUGCAUUAUAUGGAUAGUUGAUCAUAUAUGUACUUGAAGUGAUAGUGGUGGUUGAAUAACAUUGAUGGUCAGGCUUAGGUAUUGCUUUUGGUGAUUCUUUUUGCUUCAUUUCCUUCAAUAAGGCUGCCUUUGUGCCUACUUAUAAUUAACCAGCCAUGGGACCUUU